AUGUACUGUGUAACGUCAGCUGGGAUCUGGGCCAGUUCCGCAGUAUUCGGUGCCAGGAACAAAGUCCGCCUGCUGAGGCCUGAGAGGGAAGACCCGCUGGAGGGGGAGAGUGGAAGUGAGAUGAGGGUGGGGAGGUUAAGAACUAGGCCCAAGUUGGUGGUGGCUGAGCCAAAGUGUGGAGUCCACAGCUGUGAAUUUGGCCAGACUAAAAGUGAACCUGCAUCUCCUACUUUAUCUCUGCUCAUCAACUCUCCAAGCUCAGCAAGGCAGUUCCAAGUGAAGGGACCAAGCUCACCAGUCAUUGUCCGGGUCAGAGAAGCAGCUGUGCUUCCCUGCCACCUCAGCCCACCCACGGAUGCUCAGAACAUGGAGAUCAGAUGGUACCGAGACCACCAAUCGGUACUGGUGCACGAGUACAGGGAUUCUCAGGACCACAUGGAGCAGCAGAGUCUCCAGUACCAAGGGAGGACAGAGCUCCUGAGGGAGAACAUCACCGAAGGCCAGGUGGCCCUGAGGAUCCAUCCCAUCCUCCCUGCAGAUGAAGGGCAGUACAGCUGCGUCUUUGUAAGAUCCACACAGCUCAGCCAAGCACAGUUUGAGCUGCUUGUCACAGCCUCAGGUACUCCUCCUCACAUCCACAUUCAGCCUGCGCACACCGGGAGCCUUACGCUGACCUGCUCAUCCUCGGGGUGGUACCCAAACCCUGAGCUCCAGUGGAGGGACCCGCAGGGACGGCCUCUGUCACCUGGCUCUGUGAAGGUGUCUGUGCAAGAUGACGGCCUGAUUGAUGUGAAAAGCUCCGUCACAGUGGAGGAAAGCUCAAGAGCAGAUGUGUCCUGUUCCAUCAGGAACCCUGUGCUCAGAGAGGAGAAGGAGUCCCGUCUCUCAGUGGCCGAGGCCUUGUUCCCCCGGGUCAGCGCCUGGACGGUGGCACUGGCUGUGCUCCUGGUGCUCCUGGCCUUCAGCUUGGUGAUGGCUGGUUUUCUCCUGCGGAGAUCUAGAAGAGCCCAAGAGGGAUUUUUAGAACGAAUUGCUGGAGAACAUGAGAGAAUCGCUGAAGAGCAUGAGAAAAUCACCAAAAAAGAUGAGAAAAUAGCUAAAGAACAAGAGAGACUUGCUAAACUACGUGAGGAAAUUGCUAAAGAGCAUGAGAGAAUUGCUAGAGAACACAAGGGACUUGCUAUUCAACGUGAGAGAAUCACUAACGAACAGAGAGGUAAGUUCCCCCCCCCCUCCCGUGGUAAAUUCAAAAUUCAGUGUAUAUAUCAUGAAAAUAUUUAUCUCAGUGUGAUUGUUUGCAGAGCAGAGACAACUUUUGGUAAAGACUAUUUCUGUACUUCUGUUUCAAGUUUCAGAAAGCUAAACAAAUGUUCCCAAAAAUUUUACAAAUUGUUUUCACACCAAGCCCCACAGUUAAAAACCCAGCCCUUCCUAGCAAUAAUGGGUUGUGAACCUGGGGCAGCAGAGGAUUCCAGAUCCACACACAGCACCUCGGAGAGCAGAGAUACAGGGAGCUCACCUCAGCAGCAGGGCAAGGUCUGUGCAAAAGACAUAAUUCUGGAUGAAGACACUGCGCACCCUCAGCUCUCGGUGUCAGAGGGUGGGAAACGUGUUGAAUGUUUGUCAACAGAGCAAACUGUUCCUGAAAGCCCUGGAAGAUUUACUUCUCUCCCAGCUGUGCUGGGUCGGAACAGCUUCUCCAGUGGAAGCCAUUACUGGGAGGUGGACACAGCAGGGAAUGAAAGUUGGACACUAGGACUGUGCUCGGAUUCUGUCAACAGGGAAACAGCUGUCGGUGGUGUUAAUCCUGAGAAUGGCUUUUGGAGCGUUGAGAGGGAUUAUGAUUCUUACCAGAUUCUUUCUGUACCCCGUCAUAAUCUGAAUGUUGUAGCACCUCCCUCGGUGUGCAGAAUGCAAGAGCUGUGGGGUCAGAGAGGCUUCCAGCAGAUUUCAGUAGAAGGCCUUGCUGUCCAGGCAGGCUGCCCUGAGAGUGUACUUCAUGAUGCUGACAGUAAAACUCAAAGUGCAGUGGAGAUCCAUAAGGCAAGAAGCUGGUCCUUUCCAGCUCUUGAAGAGCUGAUUAAGUCCACGCCCGAGCACUGUCCUUAUCAGGCCCCCUCAGACCUGCCCUGUGUGCCUGGCACCCGCCACCGCACAGCGAGGACGGACCUGUGCCCAGAGCCCAGGACCUCGCUCAGAGGAGCCCGUCCGCAGGGUGAGACGGAGCCGAGCGCCUCCGCACGGGCACAGGCUGCUGCUGAGCUCAGCGGCCGUCUCCUGCCCUGGGGCGGCUCCCUGGGGGCCCUGCUGGCAGCUGCCCCUCCGGAAUGGCAGUUCCAAGUGGAGGGACCAACAUCACCAGUCAUUGCCCGGGUCAGAGAAGCAGCUGUAUUUCCCUGCAACCUCAGCCCAUCCGAGGAUACUCAGAACAUGGAGGUCAGAUGCUACCAUGACCGCCGCCGUUCGGUACUGGUAUACGAGUACAGAAAUUCUCAGGACCACACGGAGCAGCCGAGUCCCGAGUACCGAGGGAGGACAGAGCUCCUGAGGGAGAACAUCACCCAUGGCCAGGUGGCCCUGAGGAUCCAUCCCGUCCUCCCUGGAGAUGAAGGGCAGUACAGCUGCGUCUUUGUAAGAUCCACACAGCUCGGGCAAGCACAGUUUGAGCUGCUUGUCACAGCCUCAGGUGCCCCUCCUCACAUUCAAAUUCAGCCUGCGCACAAUGGGAGUAUUACGCUGAACUGCUCAUCCUCAGGGUGGUACCCAGAGCCUGAGCUCCAGUGGAGGGACCCACAAGAACGGCCUCUGUCACCUGACUCUGUGACGAAUUCUGUACAAGAAGACGGCCUGAUCCACGUGGAAAGCUCUGUCACAGUGCAGGAAAGCUCAAGAGCAGAUGUGUCCUGUUCAAUCAGGAACCCUGUGCUUGGAGAGGAGAAGAAGUCAUGUUUCUCAGUGGCCGAGGCCUUGCUUCCUGGGGUCAGUGGCUGGGCAGUGGUGCUGGCCAUGCUUGUGGUAUUCCUGGCAGUCAGCUUGAUGAUCACUGGUGCUGUCCCCGUGAGAUUUAGAAGAGCCCGAGGAGAUCUCAUCACCACUGCCACCACCAGACACAUCGCUGGUCAACCUGCGUGGCAUCACCACUGAAGAGGAUUGAUGGGGCUUGGGGUCCAUGGCCCCCAUUAAGGUAUCCUUGGAGCCCCAAGUCUCGCUGGACAUCUCAGGUAAAAUACCCAACCCAGGAACUAUGACAGAGGGCUUUGUA